UUAGCAUGGAUUCAGUAAAAGAACUUAAUUUCCUUAAUGGAAAAAGGGUUUCUGCCCGUGAUGUUUUGCGAACUAUUGAAAAGUGUAAUCCGGCCACUGGCUGUCUCAUGUUCAACAUCCAAUGCUCCGGCGAAAAAGACGUGAACGAGGCAGUGAACAGCUCUCGCAAGGCAUUUGACUUGUGGUCUCGCAAAUCUCCUAGAGAAAGAGGUCAGAUCUUAUGUUCAGUUGCCCGUAAAAUUCGGACAAGAGUAGAAGAGAUAGCUGUGGCAGAAGUGUUGGAUACAGGAAAGCCAAUCUAUGAAGCAAGGAUUGAUAUUUUAGGGUGUGCAGAUGUACUGGAAUACUACGGUGGAAUCUCUGCAUCUAUUAGAGGUUAUCAUCAUGCAUUGUCUGACAAUAACUUUGCAAUGGUACAAAGAGAGCCUUUGGGUGUCAUAGGGGGCAUAGGUGCAUGGAACUUUCCUUUUCAGUGCAUGUCUUGGAAAGUAGCCCCCGCUCUAGCUUGUGGGAACACAGUGGUGUACAAGCCGUCAGAAUUCACCCCAACGACAUCCGUCAUCUUAGCCGAAAUGUUCUCCGAAGUCGGAUUGCCUACGGGAGUCUUAAAUAUUGUUCAGGGAAGCCAUGAAACUGGAGAACUGAUCUGCAGGCAUCCUCAGAUUUCCAAAGUGACGUUUACUGGCAGCGUGGGCACGGGUCAGAAGAUAAUAAAAUCCUGUGCAGACACCAUGAAGAAGGUGACUGUGGAACUGGGAGGGAAGUCCGCCCUCUUGGUCUUCUCCGAUUGCGACAUUGAGAACGCCGUCAAGGCCACACUCCUUGGCAAUUUUUUCACUCAAGGUGAGGUAUGCACCAAUUGUACCAGAGUUUUUGUACAGAAAACCAUCUUAAAAGAGUUUACCAAACGAUUACUAGAGGCCACUAAAAAAUUGAAAGUUGGUGAUCCAAUGUCAGAAGAUACGAUGGUCGGUGCUGUGAUUAGUGAGGCACAUGGGAAUAAAAUAAUGGAUUAUAUUGAUUCUGCCUGUAAAGAGGGUGCCAUCGUUUCUUGUGGCGGUGAAAAAAUAGUUCCUGCUGAGGCUCACCUGAAGGGAUUCUUCAUAUCUCCCUGCAUCUUGACCGACUGUUCCGACGACAUGAAAGCCGUAAAGGAGGAGAUAUUUGGUCCCGUGGUCUCUGUGAUGCCUUUCGAUUGCGAAGAUGAAGCCGUUGCGAGGGCGAAUGCCUCUCCCUUUGGAUUGGCUGCAGGUGUCAUGACUAGGGACCUACAACGAGCCCAUCGAGUGGCGUCUGGACUUCAGGCUGGCAUCGUCUGGAUCAACAACUACAACAUCUUUCCCCCAGAGGUCCCGUUUGGAGGUUACAAGAUGUCUGGCUUUGGGAGGGAGAAUGGACUGGCAGCGAUAGAGGACUUCACCCAGCUGAAGACUGUAUACGUCGAGAUGAACAAAGACAUUGAUUGCCCCCUCUACAAAAGCUGAGGCCCAGUUGUAUAUGCUACUUCGAUAUAUGGAGGUCCUACAGUGUUAAAAUUCCAAGAAGUUCAACAUCUUUGUGCAUUCACUUUUGUAGAAAUAUUUGUAACAAUAUGCAUGUAAUGUUUUAUAUUUAAAGUGUGUCUUGUUA